AUAUGGAGGUGCAGAUCAAGUUAUUUGUAUUACUCGCCACUAUUGGAAUUUUAAACGCAGGAAUUGUUCCUGAUGGUCCAGCCUGCCCUGAACAACACGGAGAACAGGCCUAUGCACAUCCAGAACAAUGCGACCAAUUCUUCCUCUGCACCAACGGCACUCUAACUUUGGAGACUUGUGAAAAUGGACUUUUGUUCGACGGCAAAGGGGCUGUCCACAAUCACUGCAACUACAACUGGGCUGUCGAUUGCGGACACAGAGUCCACGAUCCUACCCCAUUAUCGACUGAAGGAUGCCUGUACCACUUUGGAAUCUACCCAGACAGUGCAGAUUGCUCCACAACUUAUGUGAAAUGUGCUCACGGAAUACCUUAUCCACAACAUUGCGAGCCUGGACUAGCCUAUGAUGACAGAACUCACUCGUGCAACUGGCCUGAUCUUUUACUUGACAUAUGCAACCCUGAAGCUGUCGUUGGAUUCAAAUGCCCGACAAAAAUCCCAUCAAACACUUUGGCUGCUAAAUUCUGGCCGUUCCCAAGAUUCCCAGUGCCUGGAGACUGUCACAGACUCAUUACAUGCGUAGAAGGUCAUCCCCGUCUGGUUUCCUGUGGUGACAAACAAUUAUUCGACCAAAAUACCCUGUCAUGUCUGGACCCCGAAGAGCACAACAUUUCCUGCAACGGCAAACAUUUGUAAUUUAAACAAGCAGAC